UAGACACAGUAGUAUCGUGACUUAUUUUGUGUUAGUCACGACAAAGUCACAUUUAGUCACGAAAUAGGACAACGUGACAAUCUGUGUCUUUUUCAUGGCAAAAUAGAUACGAAUUGGUCACAUAUGUUUUCGUGACUAAACGUAGUCACGAUUUGUCACAAACUAUUUGUGACUAAAAUGUCACGUUUUCGAAACCGUGUAUAAACCGUGGCUUUAAGAGUCACGAAAUGACACUAGAUAAACCGUGACCAAGACAAUGUCUAAUCAAAUAAACGUAAACUUUAGUCUCACUCUAUUUUGUGAUUAAAUUGAGACUUUUCCAACAAAAAAAUGUCAUAGAAUUUACAUCAAAGUCAGAAAACGGGACUGUUUUGGCUGGGAAUAUAUUCGAAUUUGGUUGGUCACAGUAGCCAUCGUGACAAAAACAUGUCAUAUCUAGUCACGGUUUCAUUAUUGUGACAAUUUCCGUGACUAAAACAACACAAAACAAACACUUUCGUGGAAAUGAAGAACACAAUAUCAAACCAAGAAAACCUCUCCUCUCAAUAUUUUUUUGUGUUCUUGACAAAUUAGUGAACGUCUUUUCUCAACUCUUUCUUUUGUAUUCCAUAAUUUCAAUGUCUCAUUUCUUUCAAUCAAGAGAGUGGAUGGAUCGACAUUUGGAUCCAAUCCGAAAUUGUGUUUCUGAAGAAUUUAUGGAGGGAAUUGAAGUGUUUCUUGCUUUUGCUUGUAAUCAAGAGUCUUACCAAGGAACAAGCACUAUGUUGUGUCCGUGUGCACGAUGCAAGAACCGGAAACAACGUGAUGCAAAGACGGUUUCUAAACAUCUUUUCCGAGUAGGAUUUACGGGGAAUUACUAUGUUUGGUCAAGUCACGGAGAAAGCUGUUACAAUGUUGGACAAUCUUCGGGGACAAGUCAUUUCUAUGGAGAAGAAGCACCAGAAGAAGCAGAAGGUACAAACUAUCAAAUUCCAAACGAAAUGUACGUUACUAAUCCAUUUUCCAAUAUAAAUAUAAAUUUGGAAGAAGAUGUUGAAGUAACCUCUACAUUGGAGUAUGCGGUGGAAGUGGGUAAUGAAGAAACAUUUCACGAUAACGCUUUUAGAGCCUAUGAAGAUGCAAGGCAACCACUUUAUGAUGGAUGUUCUGAAGGAAUUUCUCAAUUAUACUUGGCUUCACGAUUGAUGAAAGCAAAAACCGAUUACAAUUUGCCAGAUGCUUGUAUCGACGAGAUAUCACAAACUUUUAAAGAUGUUCUACCGAAGCCGAAUAAAGCGCCAUCAUCUUAUUAUGAAACGAAGAAGCUGGCCCGAUCACUUGGCCUCCCUGUUGUGAAGAUUGAUAUUUGUGAGGAUAACUGCAUGUUGUUUUGGAAAGAAGAUAAAGAGCUUUUGGCAUGUCGGUUUUGUGGUAAAGACAGAUACCAUGCAUCCAAACAGAGGAAGAGGAAAAAACCGUCCUAAACAGAGGAUGUUUUAUAUGCCGAUUACGGAACGGCUGAAACGUCUAUACCAAGUAGAGACAACUGCAUCACAUAUGCGAUGGCACGCAAAGCAUAAUUCACCUGAAGGAGAAAUGCAUCACCCAUCAGAUGGAGCGGCAUGGAAGCAUUUUAAUGGGGUAUAUCCUCAAUUCGCUGCUGAAAGUCGUAACAUUUAUUUAUGCUUAUCGACAGAUGGAUUUAAUCCUAUCGGUAUGAAUGGUGAAGCACAUUCGAUUUGGCCCGUUAUCGUAACUCCAUAUAACUUACCACCUGGUAUGUGUAUGAAAAGGGAAUAUUUAUAUCUGUCGAUACUAGUUCCCGGGCCAAAACAUCCGAAAAAAAGUCUAGAUAUUUAUCUUCAGCCGCUGAUUGAAGAAUUACAAAGUUUAUGGAGUGAGGGGGUGGAAGCUUAUGAUAUCUCAAAGAAAGAAAGAUUCACAAUGCGAGCUGCACUGAUGUGGACAAUAAGCGACUUUCCAGCAUAUGCAAUGCUUUCUGGUUGGAUGACGCACGGUAGAUUAGCGUGUCCAUAUUGUUUAGAUGAUACAAAGGCUUUUUGGUUACAAAAUGGAAGGAAACAUAGUUGGUUUGAUUGUCACAGAAUGUUUUUGCCUCAGAAUCAUCCUUACCGGCGAAAUGUUAACGCGUUUCGGCGGGGACAAACAAUAUCAGAUGAUCCACCCCCGUGGUUGAUUGGAGAAGAAAUUCUUCGUGAAAGAAUAAACAACAUUAAGGGGUUGUCCAAAACAGUUGAUUGUGGAGGAAAAGGCCACGAGAAGGCUGCACAGACGAUAUCUGGCUAUGGAAAGGAUCAUAACUGGGUGAAGAAGAGUAUUUUUUGGGAUUUGCCAUAUUGGGAGAACCUUCUUCUUCGACACAACAUUGACUUCAUGCAUGUGGAGAAAAACUUUUUUGAUAAUCUCACCAACACUGUGUUGAAUGUUCCUGGAAAGACGAAAGAUAACAUUAAAUCGAGGAUGGAUCUCCCUAAUAUAUGUAGAAGACAAUCUCUACAUUUAAACGAAAAUGGAACUAUGCCUGUGCCGAUAUUUAGGUUGUCAAAUGAAGAAAAAAGGCAAUUUCUCUCAUGGCUGAAGAAUGAUAUAAAAUUUCCAGAUGGAUACGCUUCAAAAUUUAGUCGGUGCAUUGAUGAAACAAAUAUGAAGCUAUCAGGGUUGAAAAGUCACGAUUGUCACGUUAUUAUGCAACGUCUUUAUCCAUUUGCAUUUCGUGAACUCCUUCCGAAACAUGUUCAUACCGCAAUUUCAGAGAUUGCACUUUUCUUUCGUGAUAUCUCAGCAAAGAUAUUGCGCACCGAAGAUGUUGUCCUUUUGAAAGAAAAUAUAGGGGUGAAGCUUUGUAACUUGGAGAAGAUAUUUCCUCCAUCGUUCUUUGAUGUUAUGGAACAUCUUCCUGUGCAUCUACCAGAUGAAGCUGCUUUAGGUGGUCCUGUCCAAUAUAGAUGGAUGUAUGUCUUCGAAAGGUACAUGUAUCAUCUGAAAAGAUGGUAAAAAACAAGGCAAAUAUUGCAGGGUCCAUUGUUGCACAAUGUUUGAAUGAGGAGAUGUCAACUGCAUCUGCAACUUACUUUGGUCAUCCAGAAGUAAUAGAAGAAGCUUCUAUUCGAGGGAAAAUUCGAUUUACUUAUACUUAUGAAGAUGUGCCAAAUUUGUUUUAUCAUGAAGGUCGGGUCAGUGGAAAAGCCACCACGAGAUGGUUAACAGAUGUUGACUUCACCGUCUUGCAAACAUUUAUGUUGCUCAAUUGCGAUGUGUUUGAACCUUAUGAAAGGAUGUUUGAUGAGUUCGUGAUGGAAGCAAACCCAAAUAUUACUAGUAAUGAUCUACAGAGAGCGAAAGAUCAACAUUUUGCAAAAUGGGUGAAAGAUUUUAUUACAAAUGCCAGUGAAACAUAUGAGUUCCCUUUAUGGAUGUUGGAUUUCAUUCAAGGACCGCAUCGUAAUUACACAUCAUGGCCGAUAUAUUUCUCGCGAGGAUAUUGCUUCCACACACAUAGCCAUGGCCAAGAUAAAAUACCCAACAUUAUGGUGUGUAUGUCCGUGGAACCACCGAGACCGAGUAUUAUGGGCUGAUAGAAGAAAUCAUGAUGAUCGAGUACGGUGGUGCUGUUGGCUUGAAAGCCAUGAUUUUCAAAUGCAAGUGGUUUGAUACAGUAGUGGGUCGUGGAAUGCGUAAGCAUAAGUCGGGGAUCGUUGAUGUGUCCCCCCGUGGCCAAUAUGAGAAAUAUGAUCCUUUUAUACUGUCUGGUAAUUGUGAUCAAGUAUGUUUCAUUCCUUAUCCGCGUGUGCGUCGUACAAAUGUGACAGACUGGUGGGAAUGCACAAAAGUUUUGCCUCGAGGGGUAAAUGAAACAUUUGAAGUUGCUCUAACAGCAUUGCAAGAUGAUACACGUAACGAUGUUGUUGCACCGAGUGAGAUGAUACGAAUUGAAUCAUAUGUCGUGGAAGAUGAUUCUGGUUAUGAUGUCUUACCCGUGGCUCCUCCUAACGAUGAAUAUGUAUCAGAAGACGAGUUAGAAGAUUCGUGUGCCGACUCUGAUUCGGACUCCGAUUCUGAUUAAGGUAAUAUGUAGUUGUAAUAUGUAUUUGAAAUUUGGAAUAUUAUUAAUAAAAUAAAUUUUAAUUAUCAUGCUUAUUUGAUUAUUACAAAUAUGUAUCUUGUUUAGGAGUUACAAUUUAGGGAUUAUAUUUUUAAAGGUUAUAGUUGAAAGGUUGUUGUUUAGUGGUUAUAGUUUGAGGGUUAGGGUUUAGGGAUUAUAAUUUAUAAAGGCAUGGGGGUUGUAUUUUUUGGGCUCUAUUGUUUUACAGUUUGUUCAAAACAAUAGAUUUGUAGUUUUGGAUUACGAAUUUCGAUUUAGUUAAUGAAAAAUGUUAAAGUUGGUUAUUGAUAAUGUUAAAAUUUAUUUAGGACAGAGAGAAUAUUUGCCAAAUUUUCUACUCGAACUUUUGCCUCCGUAUAUUUUGCCUCCAUACAUAUUUCUGGCUCCAAUUUUUGGCUCCAUUUAUUUGGGUUUUGGCUCUUAAACUUUUGCCCAAAACACUUAAUAAAUAAAGGACGCUCUCCUCUCUUCCCAAACACAACACUUAGACAAAAAAAAAACCUAUACUCUCUCGACUCUACUUCGACUAUCGGACGACACUCGAAGUCACUGUCUCGAGCUCUCUCUGAUCAGAACCAGCAUGGCUCAAAGCGGACCAUCAGAUAAUCGGCGUCGCCCACGCCCACCAGAGUUAAACCUUCCCGAUAUGCAACAAAGAAGAAUACCAACCUCAGUUGCAUCUGCAGGGUUUGUCAUGCCUCCUACGAUAUGAUGGUUGAGGGUGGAUUGGACGAGCCACCAUCUUUCAUUGACCUUGUGCGCAAGACACACACUCGCAAGGAUGGUUCAUUCAUUGAUGAACGUGCUGAGGCUCUAGUCUUAGAGGUGGAGGAAGCUGUGGACUCUAUGAUACUCGAUGAGGACUCUCCCAAUGACGUCAGCCCAACUGCUUCAACUGCUACAACUACUCCUUCAAGGCGGUUCCUCCUUGAUCAAGAAUUUCUCAAGCGUGCUAAGACAAGCAAAGGGCGUGUAUAUGGGAUUGGUAGUGUCCAGUUCAGAGACUAUGAACCACCUCAGUCAGUCCCAGCAUCUCUUAAACGCAGCUUAGACAUGGACUUGCGCGUAUCUGGAAUAGAGACAAAUGCUGAACAUGUGCAGACCACUGUGGAACUUCUCAAGACUGAUAUGACAACUCUCAAAGGAGAUUUUUUAGCCUUCAAGACUGAGUUCCAGCAGGAAAUGGCUGCAACAAGAAGCUCCCUUAAUGUCAUUCUACAGGCUCUUGGUGCUCUUGGUGCUGUUUCUCCUCAAGUGAACGAACCUGACAAUGCCUCAACUCCUUAGGCUUCUUGCUUAAGUUGAUCUCUUUUAGCUUUCGUAACAACUAUGUAACAAGGAUGCUACUAGGUUUUUUUGUAAUGUAACGAUCCUUUUGUAACAACUAUGUAACAAGGAUGCCACCUAGUCUUUUGGUAAUGUAAGAACCUUUUGUAACAACUUUAAUUAUCAAAAAUCGGCUGUAGUGUUUUGUUAAACGUUUUUCAUUGUAAUAUAUUUUAAUUAGGUUUAAAAUU